UCCUCCUCCUCUCGGGUCCUCUCCUCUCUGUCAGACGAGGCUCGGCGUCUCCUCCGGCCGCAUCUCUCCGCGCUCCGCCGCGACCUCCGAGCGCUCCGGACCCGCUGUGCGUGCACAAACUAUCCGGGAUGGAGGUGUUUCUACCCGGCUAGGAAUCAACUCUCCACCCGUACCUCCACCUUCUGCUGCACACGAUCCGAGCGGUCAGUUCUCUGUUUCCAGCCCGGUUUGAGGAUAUUUUUUUCCGCUCUGGUUUUUGGUCUCACCGGUGAUGCCUCCAGACUGGAGCCGCUCCGGGACGCACCCGAACCGGUCGGGUUCCGCACUUUCAGGCGACCAAAGAUUGUAUGAGAGUUGUUUGCGCGCAAAAAUGAAGGAAAACUGACAUUUUAAAGUUCAGAUUUGCGCUUUUUUUUCUCGACUGAUGAUCAGAAAUCAGAUGGAUCGAUCAUUUCGGAGCAAACAUCAGUUUGAUCUCACAGGUUAGACAGAACCACACGAUGCUGCUUCCAUUCCCGAGGUUGAUGUGUUUGUGGCUGUGCAGCGAGGCCGUCGCGACUCAGCUCCACUGGCACAAAACAAAGACGACUUUCAGUCCUCAUUAUGAAUCCACCGCCGCUGACAGGAAUGCGCAGAGCCGGAGAUGGCGCACAGUCAGCGGGGAGGACAAUGGGGGGACGCGCGGGGCGAGUGCGCAGGCCUCGUGGCUGGAUACUGUAAACCCGUCAUCCUCUGAGCAGCUGGGGACACAGAUUCCACGGCGCGCUGUGCGUAAAAGCGACGCGCAAAAUGGAGCGCGUCGCGUCGGAUCUGUACCUACAGAGGAAGAUGGCACGGAUGGAAACAAGGUCGGUGAGCCGCGGAAAGGUGGAUGCAGUCCGGGAGAAGAGCAAACCCCGCAUGGACCUGCCUUCAUCCGUGGGAGGACAGGACACAAGCGGCGGCAGAGACGGAGCGCAAAAUCCGGCAGAGCGAAGCGGAGCGAGGCGGUGAAGGACGAAGCUGCGGCCGCGUGGGAACCUCUGCCCGAGGCCAUGGCGCAGGAGCAAGAGGACGGAACCCCUUUCGGUCUCAACACCACCGACUAUGAGGAGGAGUACGCGGUGCCGGACUUUACCGACAGCACGCCGUUCGUGCCGGUGAACACGCGCCCCAGACGCAAGCAGGUGAAGAACCCGUUCUACCCGGUCACCGCGGAGUCGUACGGCGCGUACGCGGUCGUGAUCACCGCCGCCGUCAUCUUCAGCGUGGGCAUCAUCGGGAACGUGUCGGUCAUGUGCAUCGUGUGUCACAACUACUACAUGAGGAGCAUCUCCAACUCGCUGCUGGCCAACCUCGCGCUCUGGGAUUUCGUCAUUAUCUUCUUCUGCCUGCCGCUCGUGGUGUUUCACGAGCUCACCAAGAACUGGCUGCUGGGGGAGUUCUCGUGCAGGAUCAUCCCGUACCUGGAGGUGGCGUCUCUCGGGGUCACGACCUUCACGCUGUGCGCUCUGUGCAUCGACCGUUUCCGUGCCGCCACCAACGUUCAGAUGUACUACGAGAUGAUCGAGAACUGGGCGUCCACCACGGCCAAGCUGGCUGUGAUCUGGGUCGGCGCUCUGCUGCUGGCGCUGCCCGAGCUGCUGAUCCGACAGCUGGUCACCGAGGACGGCGACCCGCCUGACGUGACGCCGUGCGAGCGCUGCGUGGUCCGCAUCUCCACCGAACUGCCCGACACGCUGUACGUCCUGGGACUCACCUACGACGGCGCUCGCCUCUGGUGGUACUUCGGCUGCUACUUCUGCCUGCCGACGCUGUUCACCAUCUGCAGCUCGCUGAUCACCGCUCGCAAGAUCCGCCACGCCGAGAGGACCUGCGUCCGCAGCAGCAAGAAGCAGAUCCAGCUGGAGAGCCAGAUGAACUGCGCCGUGGUGGCGUUGGCCAUCCUCUACGGCUUCUGCCUCAUCCCGGAGAACAUCUGCAACAUCCUCAGUGUUUACAUGGCGGCCGGCAUCCCUCGGAGAACCCUGGACAUCCUGCAUCUGGUCAGCCAGCUGCUGCUCUUCUGUAAGUCCGCCGUGACGCCGGUGCUGCUGUUCUGUCUGUGCCAGCCGUUCACCAGAGCCUUCCUGGAUUGCUGCUGCUGCUGCUGCGACGAGUGCGGCCCACCCCGCUCCUCCGCCGCCAACGCCACCAGCGACGCCGACAACGAGUGCGCCACCACCGAGCUGGAGCUGUCGCCGUUCAGCACCAUCCGCAGGGAGGCGUCCACCUCCACCACCUACGCCGCCGUGGGGACACACUGCUGAGGUCAAAAAGGUCAAAGCUCAGCAUCGUUCUGGGUCGUUUCUAUGAUGUAAUUAGGAAUCCGAUUGGCCGACGCGUUGACACAUCAGGCUGUAAAUUCCUGAGUUUUUAAAAACUUGAGUAGAAUCGACCCGAACUGUUUACUGACGGACGAACUGAAGACGUCGCUGUCCGUCUGUUCACUGUUUACAGAAUUUAUAUAUGAAAAACACACAGUCAGUAUUACUUAAUUACAUUUAUCUGUUUAGUUUUUUAAUUAACUCACCGAUAUUUGUACUGAAUAUCCACUCAGUCUUACUUUUUGUUCGUUGUCACUGUAUAUGACAUGGCUGAUGAUCAUUUUUUACAGCCCUGACGUCGACCAAGUCGUGAUCAUAAGAUCAUCAUUAAAACUGGGUAACACUUUAUUUUACUGUAAUUUCAUAAGAAUUUCCUCAGAGAAACAAGACAGAGUUCUGUUAUUCUAAUUAUUUUAGUUGGUUGUGUUGAAUUUAUAAGCAGUCGUUAAUUUGACGUUGACAGUUCUUCAUUUAAACUCAAGUAAAUAUGAAUUUAUUAAUCAUCCUUUUAUUGGAAACCUUGUUUUUCCCACAUAUGUUGAGUUGUUUGCUUUCCUGAAGGCAGAUUUCAUCGACUCGUCGUGGUCUCCGCUAUGAUUAGCAUCAAAUUAGACUCUUUUCAGGAAAGUUAUUAAGAAAUUACAGACUCGUUACUAUAAAUUGUUGUGUUGGGCAUAAAAGAUGAUCAUCAACCACAGCUGCUGUGAGCGUCUUUAGUUUUAUUUUGGUUGUUUUCUUCAGUUCCUACGUGUGAGUGAGUCAGUGGGACGUAUAGUAAUAUAUUGAAAAUGGCUGCGUUUCGUUUCGUUGACGUCUGUGUGAGUAUAUAUUUUUUCUUUUUCUCUGAUUUCUUUGGUAGCAGAAAUCUGCACUCCUCCUGGUCUGUACAUGUGACAGAAUCAUUGUUGGUUUUGUUUUAGCCACAAGAGAAAUGUCACUUCAAUUAAAAGAAUAUUUAAAAACUGA